AUGGUCGUCAAAGACUUUUUUUUAAGUCAAGUUUCUAUAUUCAACUUCAGGCUAUAUGUCCAAUUUAGAGAUUGCAAACGCGGGGUCUCGACCCAAGGCAACCCUGAACUGCGGAUUCUGACGGAUGCCAUGGAGAAGAUUAGAUACGCUGGCAGCUGGGCCCCUGUCGAGCGUCUCUCUGUCCGUGGUUUGCUGCCCUCGACGGAGAACUACAUGACCUAUGAAGGCUCCCUAACACAGCCUCCGUGCCAUGAAACCGUAACCUGGGUUGUUCUCAAUAAGCCGAUCUAUAUAACUAAACAACAGUUACACGUCCUCCGGAAGCUGCACCAAGGCACCAAGGCAUCUCCCAAGGCUAAGAUGGUCAACAACUUCAGGCCAAUACAGCAGAUGUACCACCGGCCUCUUCGCACUAACAUCGACUUCACGAAUGGACGUCAACUCAACUGCCCGUCGAUGGCAAGGCAGAUGUACUAUACUGCUAAUACAUGGAGGUAGUGAUACUAAAAGAGGUAUCACCUUCUCAACAUUCGACUUUCAAAGGACACAUAUCAAGAUCAACAUAUCUUUCAAUCCCAAUAUCAAGAAAAUAUC